GUCAGCUCCAGUUACUCUGUUAAUGCCUGCUAGACUUGUCAACGUGUAAGUCGAGCAAACCAGUGAAUAGUAUUUGAAGUAAUUUGAUUUUGAAGAGUGGAGUGUCAGCUUGUCAGAUUAUAGAAGUUAUCUGAAUAAUUCAUCAGAAUAUACAGCUCAAGUAGAGUAUUCAAAUAGUUGUUUGAAUAGUGAGUAGUUGUUUGAAUUCUUUUCACAAAUAACAGAAGAUACAGCUUGUAGAGAGUUUCUGAAUAAUUUAAUACAAGAUAAAACAAUUUUUUGGUGGUGUGCCGCUUUUGUUACAUAUUUUAGACGCUACACAUAAUCUAAAUUUUUGGUGAAGUGACGUUGGUUCUAGAAUUUAUUUGAGGAUUUUACACACUUUUUCAAAUAUUUUAUUGAGUUGUUGCAGUAGUGAGACAGUUUCAUCUAUUUUAGUAGUUAUAAUACAGAAAAACUUCAGUUUUCUCAGUGAAGUGUGAUUUUCUCUUCUAUUGACACUUUCCGAAAUUUUCUUGAUUUUAUUGAGUGAUUUUCUCGACAGUUGUGAUUUGCUCUACAAUAAAUUGUUGUACAGGAUAUAUUUGAAUCGAUCCACAAAUUACUGCUUUUUUGGGAGCGAGUGUGAUUGUUUCUACUGUAAAAGAGUCAUAUAAAAGUUGCAACCAUUGAGUCGAUGUCGAUGCAACGUGUUGACCCGGCUCUGCCGAUUCCCCUGGAAGUGGCCAACACCCAGUAUCCUCCCGACCACAAGCCAAUCAUCGGAGCAGAUGAGUCGGAUGGUGGCGACUCAGGCUUAUGUGGCACAAUCUUGACAGGCCUGUCCUGGCUGCUGGUCGUCUGCACACUGCCAUUCUCGCUCUUCGUCUGUUUCAAGGUUGUCCAAGAAUAUGAGAGAGCUGUUAUAUUCCGACUGGGUCGCCUAGUCUCAGGAGGAGCAAAAGGACCAGGCAUUUUCUUUAUCUUGCCCUGUAUCGACAACUAUGCAAGGGUGGAUCUCCGUACAAGAACAUACGACGUACCCCCUCAGGAGGUGCUGACCAAAGACAGUGUGACAGUGUCUGUGGAUGCAGUGGUGUACUACAGGGUGUCCAAUGCAACCAUAUCGGUGGCGAAUGUGGCCAACGCGCACCACUCCACGCGCCUACUUGCGCAGACCACACUGCGCAAUGUGCUUGGCACCCGGCCGUUGCACGAGAUUCUCAGCGAGCGAGAGGCUAUAUCCAACACUAUGCAGACCAACUUGGAUGAUGCAACCGAAGCAUGGGGAAUCAAAGUUGAACGGGUAGAAAUCAAGGAUGUGAGGCUGCCAAUCCAACUGCAAAGAGCAAUGGCGGCUGAGGCUGAAGCAGCAAGGGAAGCUCGUGCCAAGGUAAUUGCGGCUGAGGGAGAACAAAAGGCGUCACGGGCUCUGCGUGAAGCAUCUGAGGUUAUCGGAGAUUCACCGGCUGCUCUACAACUACGUUACCUACAGACUCUGAACACCAUCUCAGCCGAAAAGAACUCAACAAUCGUGUUCCCACUGCCGAUCGACAUGAUGACCUACUUUAUGAAAGCAUCACAGCUGCGAGCAUCAACCACAUAGUCAGUCAGUGACGUCAUAACCAGCGACAAUCAACGAGACAUCGGUUGUAACUUAUUAGUUACAACCUACAACAAAGUUAUAGCUCAUCAAGUUAUAACAAGUCGUUUAUAUUUGUUUAUUACAAGUUCAUAUUCAAUCAUUAAAUAUGAGGUGUGUUUUUCUAGUGAUGAGGUAGCUUUAUGGCAUUGGUUCAACCCUAGAUUAUAAAUUAAUUACUCAAAUAAUGAGUAAAUUUUACGCAUUACUUCAUGAAACCGUUAAUCCCUACCCAACAAUACAUCUUGUACAGUUGGUUCAGUUACGAGAAUUAGGGCCAAGCUAAAUAAAUAAACCUUUGUCACCAAUAAAUUUGGAAGAAAAAUAGCACAAGGACUACUAUACCUUAUUAUUUUAUCUGUCAAUGUUAUAACAUCAGUGUCAUUUGCAUUGUAAAUAAAUUGAUAAAUUAUUAAUGAAAGGUAUAAGGAAUGAAGGAAAACUUUAAGGCCGCUGUAACGGCGCUAUAUAUAAGGCUAUGAGACGCAUAUAAGGCCGCUGAAAUUUCAAGGUAUUCCUCGUGACUCAACCAUCUAUAGCAAUAUUCUUCAAGGACUCAUUCAUAGGGAUGCAUUUCCAGUACAUGAUUAGCCAAAUAUUUCGUCCAUUGGAACCUUUUACCACAGGGAAUAUAAUAUCAUACAAAUACAUUCCUAUGCUUUUUCUUUGUAUCCUUUGGUACAACAGACUGAUUUGUGGGGAUCAUGCCUACCAAAUAAAAUAUACCCUGAUAUUGCCAACCUGAAAAAAGACAACCUGAUAUUGCCGUAUGCUUGAGACAGGUUAUCACGUCAUCGCACGCCAUCAGGAGAAUGCUGACUUAUCACUAGAAAAACGCAUCUGUGACGUUAUUAAGCUGUGUUCUGUGGAUCUAUGCUUUGGAUUAUGGGUAUUAUCUCAACUAUUUGGUUUGAUGAUUAGGAGUGUAAGAUUGAGUACUAUUGAUGUAAGGGUUGAAAUUCUAAUCGGUCACUAGGCCUAUAAUAUCAUGAAUCAUAGAUGAUCUGAGAUUAAAGGGAAUCAUCAGAUAUAAUUAUGUAAAAUACGAUUACUUACAACAAAAUUACAUCAUUAAUCGAAUUGGAAAAUUUAAACUAUUAAUCUAGCUUCAAAGAAGCGGAUGUCACUCAGCUUUAUUAUUUUUUUUCAAUGAAUUCCAUGUAUAAUUUCGCGAAUUCAAAUGGAUGAGCUUGGAAUGUUGAAAUUAUACAAUGUUUGUUUGUUUUAUUAUGAUAAUGACCACAUGAGCUUUUUGCUAGUGUGUGGGUAAUGGGAAGUGCGAGCGUGAUUUAUGAAAUGAUAAAACGUCCAUGCCUAUUCGAUGGGAUACGGCGGGAUUCGAACCCACGACCAGGUAGCACUACCAGACUGAAGGACGCCCUAGUCAACUCGACUGUCUGGCCGGCAAAAUACAAUAGUUCAUAUGAAGUAAUUAAAACUAUAAUUUAAUUAAUGUUGUCAUGCAAACAUCAUAAUAUAGUAUCCUAAUACAAUGCAACUCCAAGUAAUCAGGUUUUGAUCGUUUUAAAGAGAAAUUACAAUGGAGGCUUUCAUUAUUGAAGCAUAAUAUAUAUAAAGUGAGUAUAGGGACUUUUUCUCUUGAUUCUCAAAUUGUAAUUAUCUUAAUACACACAAGAACCCUUCAAAUAUUCAGAAGCUUGAAUUGAAAUCUGAAAAUUCAGUCAGGAUCUUGAUAAUUACUUUACGGAUUACACUUCACUUGUUGGAAAGGUUAAUUAGAAUACUUUUCAAGGUGAUAAGUAACAUUCCUACAAAAACUUUACUGUUGCUAAUCCAAUGUUUCAAAUGUGUUACAGAAAUCCUAGUGCACAGUCUUAAUAGCUCACUACAAUCAUUCCAAUGAAUUAUUCAUAAAUAUCAUUAACUUCAUCAUAAAAUAUGCCUGACAAUUUGGGUGUCAUCUUAAACAUUGUUUUUACUCAAAUUGUUUUCUCUGUAGUUGAAUCAAUAAAACUGUACUACAGAAUGUGAGAAUGUUUAUAUUUGAUCAAUGGUUUGAUUAAGAUACAAAUAAUUGAACGUCUCUGAUUCUGUGAGAAUAGAUUCAAGUUAUAGUAUAAACAGCAACAACUUGAAUGGGGAAUUUUUUCUGCCUGUACGGAAUAUUAAAAUUUUUUCACUUCUGGCUAUACAGAAGCAGCAGCCAGGGCCAUAUGUGACUUUUCCACCUAUUUUCUACACGCUGCCAAUUUCAAAUGGAUCUUACUAUUUAUGAUUUAUCAUAUAAUUGUAUUCAGUGAUGUAUAACUUGAGAAAUUUGGAGCAGAGCAGUAGGCUAUUCAAGUACCAUGGAGGGUAGGCUACUUCAAAAUUAUGUUUAAAAAAAAAAUCAGUCACCUGAAACUUUUUCAACUAAGUUAAUCUUUACAAAUGGAUGUAGAUACAUACAGUUUUUUAUUGUACAAGAUUCAUCAAAAGUUAUCAAUUUGAAUAAAUAAUUAUUUUGAAAACUAUAUAUAGGCUAACCAUCGGUUCAAGCAAAGUGUGUUGUUCCGUUCCAUUAAAUGAACCAUUUCUAUAAUGUAUAUUAUAUUUAUAAAUGUAAUCAGUUCAAUGGAAUCUCAAUGCAUGAAUGUUUAAAUUAUAUAUAUCGAUAAAUGUUGGUGUAAUUUUUGAAAAUAUUUUCCAAGCACUUAAAAAAUGUUUCUCAUUACAAUUUAAUCCUCAGUAACUGGUUUUAGUCCUUGAUGACGAACAGAUAUAUUUUUAUCUGCCUCUGUUAAAAGGAAUUAAUGGAAGCCAUUCCGCUAAUAAUUUGUUCUUCGAAUGUACUGUAAUAUUAACAGAAACAAUCAUCAUCAAGUCAUUGUUAUCGAAAUGAUCAUCAGUCAUUGUUUGGUUCAUAAGAACUGAAAUACAGUCAUUAUCAAUUUACAUUUGAAAUUCAUGAGUUCAUACGGCGAUCCAACAUAAUUUUAUAAAAAACUACUUUUCAUUUGAUCAGUCAUUUUAUAUAUAAGCUAGUUUUAUGUUAUUGAUAAAUUUAAUUCUGUUGUAUCAAGAACAAGUGAAAAAUAUCAAAUAUUAUUUUCAAAUUUAUGAUAAUUAUAGGCCUAUACUUUGAUAAAGCUAUUCACUUUUGAGCAGUUUUUUUUCAUGAAGAGGAUUUUAUUUAAUUUCAAUAAUAAUUGAAGAGUUGUCUUCCGUUUAAGAAACAGCUUGCAGUGAGAUGAUCAUCAACUCAAAGUAGCCUAGAAAUUGUCUGAGAAGUCAUUAAAAAACUCACUUAUUUAUCAUGAUCAGUGUUUAAUUAAUCUUUAGUCUAUCAUUCAUUAUGAAUCGUCAAGUUCAUAGAAAAUGAAUUCCUUUAAUCAUUACUGGUAUUUUGUGUUCUCAAGAACUUUAUUCGAACUGUUCAUUCUAUUUAUUUAUAUUUGAAAGGCUCUCCAGUUGGUAUUAAUCCAAUCCAUAACUCAUAAUAUUUUAUUGUAUAAAAUCAUUCCUCACUCAUUGUUCAUCUAUAUUUUAUGGUCUGUGAUUCUCAUGAUGUCAAAGAAAUUAAUGUAUACUCUGUUGCAUUAAUGUAUUGUUAAAUAUAGAAUUAUGCAGGUUCAAGAGUAUUUAAAUUGAGAUAUUUAAGUGAACGAGCUAUCAUAUUUGUAAGUGCAGUCACUUUAAAUUCAAAUUCACUUUUAAAAACUAUUGGUAGACUUGUAAGUCUCUAUUAUUAUAUCUAUUGAUAUAAGUGGUAAUUUUAUAUAUUUUAAUAGGCCUACUAUUAUUUAUUAUUGAGUUCACUCUGCACAUUUUCAUUAAAUUCUCGAGUUGAGCCUGUUUAUUUGUGUUUGGUGUGAAAAUAAAAUAUUGAAAAAAAUCUAAAAAUAUUUUUUCAGGAGCUAUGGAAUAGCUUCGAUAAAGAUGAUUUAACCAUAUUUUCCUCAUUCAUCGUUUCAAACGUCAUGUUCUCAAAAUUUAUUGCCAUUCAUAUUAUUAUUCUAACAAAAUCAAAUGCAACGCCGACAUCAAAUUCAUCCUAGUCAAUUUUUAUAAUGUAGGUAUUCUUUCUGCCCACUUUUGAAGCGCUCAAUGUGUAAGUUAUACAUUAAUAAUGGAUAAUUAUUAUAAUAAUCGCACACACCAAGUAAUAUUGUAAUAAGUGUGUCCAAGUUACUUUAGUGUUAUAGACUAAGUUUGAUACUGUACUGUGAAACCAAUUGAAAUAUUGUGUGUAAAAAUGUAAUUAAUAUAGAGCACACAAACACUUUUAAAAAUAAGUGGAUAAAAUAACAAGAUUUCUGAUAGAAAUACUGUAUUGAAAAAUUGAGGUUGAGUGAGACCAAAAUCUAAAAAAAUCUAUGUCAAAUCUAGUAAAAUGAAAUAUUCUUAUUUAGAUGCUAUAUUCUAGUAAAUAAAAUAUUAUUUCUAUUAACAUGACAUUAUUCUUUCUAUUGGAUUAAACUAUUUCGACUGUGUGUGUGAUCCUGUCUUGCAGGAAUGCUAUUAUGUGCAAUAUUAAAUUUUAUUGAGUUCAAUAUUCUAAUUCAUAAUUGAAAACUGAUGUUCAAAGUGAUAUUCAAUCAGAAAUACUUUGUGGAGAAAAAUUUACCAUAUCGUGGAAAAUUUGUCACUCAUCGCUGUGGAAACGGCACAUUUGGUUAGAUAAAGAAGAGAAGUAGAAUAAACAUUGCACAAUAAAAUCUACAACCUUUCUAAUAAAGUAUGUAUCACUCAUAUAAUGGUUCAUUAUCAAUGCUCAAUGUCUUUCAGAUGAGAAUCUAUGGAGCUCGAUUGGGUUCAAUGAUGAUCCUCUCCUACUUUUCCAUUUAUUGAAGAUUUUUUCAAUUUACAAUUUUGGAAAUAUCAAUAGCUACUCUACUCUCUCGAUAAUCAUAGCUAUUGACAAAUUAAUUGAAAUUUAUAAAUUAUGUUGAUUGUGGUAGGUAGCUCUUGGAAGUAAUGGUAUACUGAGUUUUUCAAAAUGAAUUCAACACUUGGGUGGAUAAUGAUAUUCAAAAUUGUAAGAUUUUCCACCCUCCAGAUGUGUAAGAAAAAAGGUUGAAUUCCAGCCCAAUCCUUUUUGCUUAUUCAAAAUUGUGCAAAUCUUUCAAAUUUUCAAACUCAUUUUCACCUAAAUAGGGCUCAGAAAUAAUAAUUCUAUCGUUUUCAUUUCCUAACUAGCAGAUUAGAUCUAUGAUUUUUAUUUGCUAGAUGUAUUCGAAAUGAAAAAUAAUGAAUUAUUGAAACUUUAUUGUCAACAAUGUUCAACAAUUUUAGGUGGGAAUAUUGUUGAUGUUUUAUGAAGAGAGACUCCAUUUUGGAAAACAAAAUCAGCUCAUACAUCCAUAACUUUUCAAAGAGUUCCAGUAAUUCUUUUUAAUUCUUGAUAUUUUUAAGUUCUCCAAUUGCAAUGAACCUAAGAACAAAAUAGAAUGUCAAUCCUAACAUAAUUUGAGUUUCCAGCCAUUGUCAUCAGUGAAAUGACUAAUUAUUCACUUUAGUUCUCAACUCACCCAAUUCUAUGAGAAAUAAUAACCAAUUACUAAUUUUCAUAACCGAUAUCAUUAUAACAUGACGGUAUUCAGCCUGGUAUACUCAGGGUUCAUUAUUGCUAACAGGAUAGUUUAAAAUAUAUUAAUCCAUGGAGAUUCUGUUUGAUUUCUCCAUCAAUUACGAGAUAUUGGAUUGAAAUACCUCACACAUUUAGAGGAAUUUUCGAAGAGAAAAUUUUGUUAUGAAUCAUGGAAAUUAGUAGGAAUAAAUAAUACAAUGUCAUGUUAAUCUGUUCUCUCUUUAAUAAUAUUAUUGUUGGAUGUUUCUAUCUAAUUAUUGAUGGAAUUUCAACGUAUUUCUUUGUUUCAUUCUCGUUCUUGCAUAUAGCUCCACAAUAUCAUUUAUUCUCCGAUGAAUAAAUCAUUAUUCUAUAUAGCUCUAUUUAAUCAAUUCAUUAUGUGGUCAAAUAAAAAUAUUAUUAUAUCUCAAGUGUAAUUAAUUAAUAUCACACACUAUAAAAACUAAUUGGUGGAUUGCAUAAAUUAAUAUUAUAUAAAUGUGUAUCAACAGUGUACAGUGUUUUGUAAAGCAAAUUGUUGUUAAAUUUAUUAUCAAGUGUAUUGUUAUAUUUACAGUAUGCAGAUACCUUAAUUAUUACUAUGUUA